CAGCUGUUUUCCCUCCAGCUCUGAAAGGUGAAACUGUGUUAAGCAACGCAAAAAUUGUCUUGAAACCCGUGCGAGUGUCUGCCUGUGUGUCUGUGUGUGGGAUGCGGUAGGUAGCGUGUCAGCACCGAGGACAACGGGAAUCAGAAGUCGGAAAGUGCGGUGUAAAGGAAUUCAUUAGCCAUGGAUGUAUUCAUGAAAGGACUUUCAAAGGCCAAGGAGGGAGUGGUGGCCGCUGCUGAAAAAACCAAGCAGGGUGUAGCAGAAGCAGCGGAAAAGACAAAAGAGGGUGUUCUCUACGUAGGAUCCAAAACUAAGGAAGGAGUGGUUCAUGGUGUGACAACAGUGGCUGAGAAGACCAAAGAGCAAGUGACAAAUGUUGGAGAGGCGGUGGUGACAGGGGUGACUGCGGUAGCACAGAAGACGGUGGAAGGAGCAGGUAGCAUUGCAGCUGCCACUGGCUUUGGCAAAAAGGAUCAGUUGGGCAAGAAUGAUGAAGGAGCCUCCCAGGAAGGAAUUCUGGAAGAUACACCUGUGGAGCCUGACAAUGAGGCUUAUGAAAUGCCUUCUGAGGAAGGGUAUCAGGACUACGGACCUGAAGCCUAAGAAAUAUCUUUGCUCCCAGUUUCCUGAGAUCUGCUGACAGAUGUUGCACCCCGUACAAGCGCUCAGUUCCAACGUGCCCAGUCAUGACAUUUUCUCAAAGUUUGCAGUGUGUUUUGAAGUCUUCCAUCAGCAGUGAUUGGAGUAUCUGUACCUGCCCCAACUCAGCAUUUCGGUGCUUGCCUCUCACCUAAUAUAUGAUAGCAGGGUCUCUGUGUGCUGUGGAUAUUGUGGCUUCAAAUCUAAAAUGUUAAAUUAAAUUAAAAACACCUAAGUGACUACCACUUAUUUCUAAAUCUUCACUAAUUUUUUGUUGCUGAUGUUGAAAAAUUGUGAGUGAUUUACUAUAAGAUUUUAAGGUAUCUUUUAAUGAUUCUAAAUAUAUUGAUGUAUUGUGAAAUUUAAUACAUAAAAUACUUAAAUACGUGAGCAUGAAACUAUGCACCUAUAAAUAUUAACUAUAAAAUGUUAGUUUUGUGAUGUGUUUUCUUAUCUUGUGCUUGUAUAUAAAUGGUGAAAAUUAAUAAAAUGUUCUCAUUACAAAAAUCUUAUUUUUAUCCCAUCUCACUUUAAUAAUAAAACCAUGCU